ACAAAGAUACAAACAUCAGGAAAUCAACUGUUUUUUACACAUCGGUUAUGAAGAUAUCAAUUAAUUGGUGUUGAAAACUGAGUUUGGGUUUAUUCAUACCCAACAACCUUGCUACUUGUUUAACUUGAAAUUUUUAUGAUGAGUGGUUCGAGACCGCAUAUCAGUAUCACCUUCCGUAAAUCAAAGAAGCCACAACUCAAUGACAGUGUUAGAAUCAUGCGAAAUAGGGGGUUGUUAAAUACAUCGAGAAGAUUACUGCAAAAGUCAGUCAAUCAAUCUUUCACUUCAGCCACCUCUCUUCGUGCUAAUAAUGCUUCAUUAGCGAAAAAACUAGCCGAAUUGCAAGUUGAAUUAAAUAACCAGAAGAUGGCUACACAGCAAGCGAAUAUUGAACUAUUGAAUUGUCGUAUGGAAGUAGUUCGUUUACAAGCGUAUAAAGAAGCCAAAGAGAGAAUCAAGGCUUGUAUUCUAAACGUACAUGAAUUAUUGUGUUCACAAAUUGAAAUGGGAAUGUCCAUGAUGAAUUAUGUGAAAGAUUCAAUAUCGGUAUUGGAUAAAAAUGAUUCAUUGGAGCUAUUGUCAAAUCCUACAUCAAGUCUGCUUGGUGAAACAGUAGUUGAUCCAAAUGCAUUUGAUUCUGUUUGUAGAAAAGAAUUUACAAAGCCUGCUCAACAGAUAACAGAACAGAAUGUUCGUCAGCUAUCUAUUGUUUAUCCUGAAGUUCAAUCUCCAUCAUCAUCCACUUCAUUAAUAACAGGUCCGGUGAAAAUGGCAUUCAGUCCUAACGAUCACAGUAUUGCUAAGAAUAUUAGCACUAAUCAUAUUAACAAUAACAGAUUUAAUGUACAACCGAUACCUCUUAUUGAAACAUUAAAUACUGACGUAAAAUCAUCACAGUCUAUCUGUCAGGAACCAGAACCAUCUUGUGAAGAAGUUUUACCUGAAAUACUGACUAGUCCAAUAACUUGUAUUUCUGAAAAUAAUAUUGCAAGCAAAAGAUGUCCUCCAAUAGUAGAUACUAAUGUAAAUAAUGUUGAUUUAGACAAUGAUAAUGAUAUUGAUAAUACCUACAAAAACAUUAGUCCUGUACAUUUUUCAGUUCAAAGUUUACCACAAUCGUGUGUUUCUGUAAAUAAUAAACCUUCCGUCAUUGAUUCAAAGAAUAUUGAUCAACUGGUCGUUCCUAAUCUUGUCAAUAGUUGCAAUAGUAAGAACAAUGAGUGUGUAGUUAACCCUGUUGAUCAUCAUGAAAUACAAUCAGCUCGACCUCAUCUGGUGCGUCAAGCUCGUCUAAAUUCAAAACCAAUCAUUGACACAUCAUCUUUUAUGGAAUCGUUUAUUGUUAAAACAACAACAAAAGAAAAGAAGAAAAAAUCAGGUAAACAUCGCCUGAUUCGUGUCAGAGAUAGUGAUGAUGAAGGUGAAAAUGAUAUCAACAUUAAAGGUGAUAAAUUAAAAAAUAAUAUUGGUGUUGUUGGUGGCGAUGAGGAUGGAAGUGGCCGAGUCAUUGAAACCUGUUUCCGUCGGCCUGGUGAACUUGUAUUUAGAGUUGAUUCAAAAAAUGUCAAUCCAUCAUCAACGAUUGGUGUCAGUGACAAACAGACAACUCGAUCCAAGUCGAAAUUACCAGCAACGACAAUCAAUCAACAGUCAAGAUCGAAAUCAAAACCUCAAACUACUACUACUACUACUACUACUGCUUAUAUUAAUAGUAUCAAUAGUAAGAAGACUAACAAAGAUGUGAAUAGUAAUGAAUUUAAAAAAUUGUCGAAAGUAGUUGGAACGGAAAUUAAAACAGUGGUAAGUUCUUUCUCUUCUUGGUAUUUAAUAUAAAACUGACCCUUACAGAAUGAGUUUGAUUAUAAGUCAACGUAUACAAAGCUCUUGUUUGAUUAAAUCAUGUUUCUUAUAGGAUUAACAUUUUUCUAUUUUUUUUCAUUAAAAAGUUGGACAUGAAACAUAUUUGUAUCGAUUCAGGUUGUCGCAAUAUAUCAACACAGUGAAAUGGAAUUAUGAAGAGAUAUAUCUGGGCUGUAGAAGUAGUAAUAGAAAAGAUUAGUCAUAGAUAAUGUGAUUCAAGAAGAAACAAAUAGUGAGUGUAUCUGUGUAAUUGAGGCAGAUUUUAAAUCAUAUUAUCUAACUCCAACCAGGAAGUAAACAUUUACUUAUACAGUUAUGUCCAUUUGUCAAUGACUUUAUGAAUUGAUACUAGGUUUUGGUUGGGUUUUCCCCUAGCUUUCUCUCGAACUAUUAUAUAAACAAAAGUCGCGCGUUGAAUUAGAUGGUGCCUGGUCAUAUGUAUCAUAUUCCGAACGUAUUACUCCAUGAAAGUCUCACUAAUUCACCAACCAAUUUACCAUCUUAACAAGGUGCUGUGUUUUAAUUUCAGUAUUAUUGGUUAGGUGAUCCCAUUGGACGUGAACAAUGUUCUGAAGGUAUCAAUGAUCGCAUACUAGUAAUCUACAAGUAUCCUCUAUUUUUAAAGCCCACUUUUCACAGCCACUAAGUAGAAUUAAACAAUAUUUCACAGUAUAUUCGUCCUUCAAUUGCUACACAGAAAUCUCACGCCACAGGUGACGCAAGUUGAUAAAAACCAAGCGAUAUGUCAUACAACUAGCCAGAUGCAUGAAUUAUAAUAUCUAGUUACUACAGUGGCCGUUGAAUUAAAUUCUCUGAAAAUGAGUAUCACAUUUGUGUGUAUUUGUAAUGGGAUUUCCGGCUCUUAGUUUCAAGCCAAUUUUUAUUGUACACAUUCAGUCAUAAAAAUUCUAAACCUCACUCCAACUGUACCACUAUGUUUGAACCACCGGGUGCUUUCACAUUAUCGCUGAGUUUCAUGUAUAACUGUUGUGUCCCGAUAAGCAUAAUGAAUGGUAACUUUAGGGAUCUAUUUGUGGACCAAUACCAUACGUAUAUUUUUAUCGUUUAAUUGUUAAAUAAUUAAAGUGUUCAUAUUCAUGUCCCUCUUAUUGUAAGCUUUAUUUUGACCUAUGAACUAUUAUUAUACGAUCUAUCAUUCUUGAAUCAUGCCCUGUGUAUUGAUUACUACCUCCCACAUUCACAGCCACAUUUGGCCAAAUCUUGUAUAAAUGUUGUUUCCUAUUUUAUUGGUACGAUGUGGUCUGUCUGGUUUGUAUAUGAACCCAGUAUGCUUGGAAUAAACGAUUCAUAUCACAGAGGCUGAGAUUUGUGUUGUGGACUUAACUGGCCGGGCUAGCCGGAAAGCAGGACUAAUCAGGACUCUAGACUACUUGUACGGGUUUUACGCGUCCUUGGUCCGAUCGAUAAUUCACUGCUUUCUAAUUGGCGGUAUCGUUACGUUAUACAUUAACAGGGCACUCAGGCUACAAGUUAUAACUAAUGGGAUUGAAAAUUUAACAUCCACUAACUUUACAGGAAUAAUAUCUGUACUUGGAUAUUCUUAAGUUGGGCUUGAUUAGACGAGGUCAUAUUGACAUGUAACGAUCAUUCUUGCAAUAAAUCAAUUUUAGAUGAGAUUCUAAGUAUUAUGUAGCUUAGGUGACCUGAUUAACUAAAGUUAAACACUGUUAGAUGCAAGCUCAGUGGCCUCGAAGUUAAGCGUUCGCGUGAGACCGAAGUUAUCGGGUUCGAGUCCUGUCUAGGGGGUUGUAGGUGCGCACUGUUGAAGAGUCCCUUACUAGUACGAAGCGGCCGUUUAGCGCUCUCAGGUUUGCGGUCGUGGUCUAACGGUAAUUGGCUCAUGGUCUCAAUAAAAAAAUCCACUUUUGUAUGUUUUAAUUUAAAUCGUGUUUAAUAUUUCUGUUUAUUAUUAUCAUUAUAACAUGGUUUUCACUUUUAUCUUUCUCUCCAACCUUUAAUUUCUUCAUCAUCUCAAAUUACAAUUUAAUUGUAGAAUAUUUUCGAUUUAUCAAUGAAUCGAACUGCUGAUCUAUCUGUUCUUCCGCCUACUUUAAAUGAUUUACGCAUUAAGCAUAAAGAACAACGACAACAACAAGUGGACUCAAACACUGAAGCCCAGAAAGAUACCACUGCCAAGAUGGCGAUGACGACAAGGAAACGUUCUGUUCUUGGUGAAUUACAACAACAAGAAGAUGAUAAACUCUAUUCUGUUGUAAAGAAUAAUAAUAUUGUAGAUGAACACCGUCGUCUUUCAGUUGUCUUGACUCCAAUGUAAGCUUGUUUUUGGUUUUAACAGAUAGUAAAAAAAUGUAAGGUUAAUUGAGAGUUAGAUUAGAAGACUAUUAAAGCAGUUUGUAAUGACAAUACUCAUAGUAAUAAGAAAGAAUAUAAAUUUGUAUCUAAUCAAAAUCAUCAUUUACGUAGUAAAGAUUUAUCUACAUACAAUUUAGUUGUAAAAAGAGUAUGAAAACCAAAUUCUAUGAAGCGCGGCAAUUUACAUCCACAACUCGUUAAAAGUUUAUAGCUUUAACCAUAGAGUUAUAGUGCUCCAAUAUUUCACGUAUAAAGUUUAAUGCAGACAUCCGGCUCUUAAACCGAGUCGGUAGAUGUAAGUAGUCAAUGUAAACGGUAUGAAUAUUCAUUUCAAAUCAUUAGUGCAUAAUAGAUUUAACCAACCUAAAAACUAUGAAUAACACAUGAAUCUGCUUUUAGUGACCAGCUAUUACGAAUAGAGUUUUCUUGAUAUUUCUGUACUGUCUUCUGUGUUUAGGAUACUUGUCCAAACGAUUUCGGUUAAAUAGUUCCGUGGUUAUGUUCUUCAACUGGUUAGUUAAAAUGAUAUUUCAUAUUACUGAGAAGAUUUCAAAUUAUCCAUUUCUUUUAAUUAAAUAGCAGUUCUGUUAUUCAAAUAUGUCAUCAAUAACUUCCAGUUUCACAUUUAUGCAUUGACCGUUAUUGAUGUCUGAUUAGUUUUUCUCGCUUUUAGUUUUCUAUUUUUAAUGCAUCUGAGGGUUCAAUAUUUACUUCCACAAUAAACAGGGCUGUUCUGUCAUAAUUUUGACACCCUUUCGGAAUAUUGAAUCUGUCCUAAAAAUCGUCUAUUUAGUUCGUUUAGGUUCAAUUUCAUAGAAGAAUCUCUAAGUCUUUCGUAAUUCUGGCUCUCACACAUGCACGUAUUGAGGGAUCUUUUCACAUCAGACACUCGAAUGGAAGCGAAAAGAAUGGAUUGUUUCGUCUAUCAAAAUAUUUUUAUGCUAUCGGGCUAAAACUCGUUACUGAAUAAGAAAGCGACAGACAAAGAAAGUAAUAUCAAUCUGUCAUCUCUAUGCUGAAACUAAUUGCAACUUAGGUGCGGUCAUCAACUGAAUCCCGUCCAGGUCAAGAAUUGUGAUGCUAACCAAGUACUUGAGGAUACCCGGGUCGCUCAUUUACGGACAAAUUAGACCUGUGUAAAUGGAUUUUAUUGAGUGAAUAUUAGCAUCAGCUCAGAUACUGAGAAUUUUCUGUUGCAGAUUUUUACAUAUCACAUACAAAUACUGUUUUCCUAGUGUCAUCGCCAACUCCUUCAACACAGUAAUCAUGGUUAUGCUGCGUGACUUGUAUGUGCUCACAUCAUCACCUAUAAUGAUCGAUGAUUACUUUUGGAAAAAUAAUUGGUCAUGGUAUUUCAUGCAUAGUUACAAUUUGUUUAUUUAUUUUUCUAGAUGUGAUGAAAAUCAACCUCCAUUCGAUGCACCAAUAUCCAAUUCAAAAAAUAAUAAACGUCAAUUUCGUCGAUUAUAUUUAUUCGAUCAAGAGAACGAAGACAACGAUGAUAAUGGCAAUGACGUUGAUGAUGGUUAUAGACUUAAAAAUAUGAAAGCUGACGUUGGUAAUACUGCAGGUAAACAAUCAAAAGAUAAUAACCCAACUUCUUCGAUUGGUAAGCUCGGUAAUAAUCGUAAUAGUAAUCUACCAAUGACGAUCAACCCUAAAGUAACUACUAGUCGAUCACGAAAAAGGAAUUGAUUGAAAAGAAAAGCACAUUAAUGUCCUGUUGAGUUAUUUUAUCCCAAUGCAAAAAGUAUCUUUUUUUGUAAGUUGAUUAAAUUUCUCUCUCUCCAUUCCCGUACUUCGUACAUUUCUUUCUUCUGUGUCUGUGAAGAUUCACACUCACUAGGCAUGCUUACAAUUUUGUGGGUUUUUUUGAAGAUUAAACCAAUCAAGCUCAGAGUAAUUGUUGUGUAUUUUAAGAAAAAUGUUAUAUUUCAAGAUUCACGUCGCAUUCGUUGAAGACUGAUUGUACACUGAGUAUUAACUACUCAGAUUAAUGUAGAUAAUUUAAACAUGAAAUGAUAUUAGAAUAUCAUGAUAAAUUGUGGAUUUAUACUGUCUCUUUGAUGAUAUUCAGUUGAAAGUAGUGAGUUGAAAACUGUAAAUUUAGUUCUCAUUACUAGUUGUGACACCAGUCAGGAUAGUUACAUCUGUUCAGAUUCCACUAAAUGUCACAACUAGAGACAUGAGAAAACAUCUCGGAUAAUCACUUUUCUAUUAUCGUUGAUCUUUUGAAUUGAUUAUUCAACUUGUUGUAGCUUGUGCAAUGUAAAUUAUGUUGGUCAUUUUAAAGGUUAAUCAUGGGAAUAUUAGUAAAUUUUUAAGUAUUGUCAUCAUAUUAUUACACAUUGACUGAUAGUUUGCUGUACACUGAUUUUGUAGUUAUAGUACUAGUAGUUCAAUCAACCGGAAUUUGAAUUUAUUUCUCAUUCUGUUUUAAAAUAAUGGCUUAACAGUUAAAAAGCAUUCAAUUUUAGACGGUUAAAUUGCAAAUUCAAGUCCUUUUACAUAUCUAUUUCAAUCUAAACAGUUGUGUAGUGGUAGUAUCAUUAAACAUCAUGUACUGCCAUUGUGGUAUGUGCUACUUAUAUCGACAUGAUGAGUAGUAUAUAACGAUAGUCACGAUUAGAAUGUCUGGCAGCAGAAUGUCGAGAAGGAAAGAACGUGAACAGAAAGUAAUUGGUAUGAAAAUGCAGGAACAAUAAAGUCUCAGACGAUUGAUUAAUAUUUGCAAAAGAAACAGUCAAGUUUGAGACAAUUAAUUGAUAUUUUACAAAUGAAGUAUUUACUGUGUGAUUCUCAGAUUUUAGUAAGAUGUUCUGUAAUUUUGUUUUCAAAUGCAUUUGGUUGUCCUCACUUAUGUUCUCGUUCACUACACUAUGAGUAUGUGUAGCUUAGACAACUGAGUUCUGUUUUUAGUAAAAUGAGCAUCACUUUUCAAUCUUUUAAAUGAGGUACGUUAGUCUGUCAGUAACAACGUAGAACUUCGUAUGUACAUACAUCAGUUCGAGUUGCCAUACCACAUUAGCACAGAGAUACAAUUGUCGAUUCAAAUCCCAUAGUAGUAGGUAGAGGAAGUAAAAGUUUAAGCAGUCAUCGGAACGAUUUACGUUUGAAGAUGUUCUUCAAGGAGUAUAAUGCAGUGCAAUAAAUUCGGAAAGAGAAAAAAAGAAGGGACAUACAAAAAUUUAGAAUAUUAGAAUUUGGGAGAACACAGAGUGGAUGCACCUACGCCAUUGCAAAGUCUCUAACCAUCGGUUGCAAAUCCCAACCAGCUAGUCUACACCUACCAAAAUGGCUCAGUCCACAUGUCAGUGACUUCAUGGAUUUGUGUCAUGUUUUGGUCUGGCCCCCUUCAGAUUUCCUCCAACCUGUAUAUAGAAAGCAUUUAAUUAAGACAGUUAGUUUAUUUCUACCAAAUGUUUAUAUAUAUAUAUAUAUGAUAAUAAAUUAUUUUAAUUCCUUUCCAGAUUUUGAAUAAAUGAAAUAGAUACUCUUAUGGUUGUGUAUAUAUUUUCUAUGAAAACAGCAUACUCAGUUAUAUAGAAUUGACUUGUCUAUUAUUCUUUGUAAAUUUAAAUGAAUAACUUCAUGUUAUCCGUAGUUAUUCCAGUAUCUAAUAUAUUUUAUUAAAGAUUUUUAAAUGGUGAAUAAUUUUUCUUUAAAACAAACAAACAAUACAGUUUACUUGUUUUAAAUCGACCUAAUGGCGUUAACUGUACAUUGAAUUUUGUUUAUAGAAGCUAGAAACUUCCUAACAGAAAUAUCCCAUUUUAUUUUUGUCGAAGUGUUUGUUACUGAUUUUUUAUGUGUGUUUAUCUUUUUUUUCUUAAUUUUCAUUGUUCAUCUUAAUUCUUGUUUAAAUUAAUCACAAUAUUCUAAUUCUUUGUUGAUGAUCAUACGAUACUUGUUAUACCCAAUUAAAUCCAAUGUUACACAACUAAAGAAAAUAGUCUUUUUUUAUUGGCGCUGUUAAAAUGUACACUGAUUUGGUAGUGAUAAUUUAGUGAAGGAAUAUUAACAAUCAUGUUUUAUGGCUUUAGUAUGUGUAGAUAUGAGUCAGGGUUGAUACUUCGACGUACAGUGCUAACAGGUAUAGAAAAGUCGGUUGGAAGAAAGAAAAAUUAUUAAGAGGUGAUCUGUGAAAGUCAUGGUAUCAAUUCAUAAAGUUAUUGACAUUUGGACUGAUUCUAUAUGUCGGAAGAUACGAGCCUUUAGAUAAACAUCUUAAUCUACGGUUGGAGACUUUACUAUUCGUCCAAGUUAUCAGUUAAAAUAAACAUGUCUUAGAGCUUUUCCUGGUUAUUUUCUAAAUUGUAUAUAUUUCUGAGUUAAAUAUUGAGGAGUUAAAACUGUACUCUUAGAUUUAAAUAGUACUAAAAAGGAAUUUCUACUACAAUCAGCUCAUGUGUCUCAAUGCUGUUUAUUUGCUUAAAAGAAAAAGUAUAUAUUCAGAGAAAUCUUCAAGAUUACAAAUG